AUGGACGGAGUCCGGAAUCCCGUACACGAUCCACCUCCGCCAUCUCCCAAGGCAGCAGCAGGGAGCGAGGAGGGUGGAGACGCAGCAGCAGCGGCAGCAGCGAUUCCAGAGGAAGUGGAGUGGAUUGGGUUCUGGAAGCCGAAUCUCACCAUUUCACUCAUUGACGACUUCACUGCGUAUCCUCGAACAGCGAUUCCCGAGAUUUUCCACAAACACAUGACGUUCGACGCAGACACAGGCAACUACUUCCCCACGCUGCACAUGAACGAGUUCUGGCUACUCAAAGACAAGCUCGUGCAGCUCAACAGCACCGUGGCCGAGGUGCCGCUCUCCCUCGUCGUGGAGACGCUGCCGCUGUGGCGCUGGCAGAUCUACCUCUCCAUGGACCAGUCCUUCAAGCUGCAGCAGCAGUUCGGCACCGCCGUGGAGUCCGAGUCUGAUGAACUCAAGAGGGUGUUUCUGGAGGGCAACCCCAUUCUCCUGGGCAUCACGGUGGUGGUGUCCCUCCUGCACUCCGUCUUUGACUUCUUCGCCUUCAAAAACGACAUUGCGUUUUGGAACCAGAACAAGUCAAUGGAGGGUCUGUCCGCGCGCUCAGUGGUGAUCAAUUUCGUGUGCCAGCUGAUCAUCUUCCUCUACCUGCUGGACAACAACACGUCGUGGCUCAUCAUCAUCUCCUCCGCCAUCUCCUGUGGGAUCGAAUUCUGGAAGAUUGGCAAGGCCAUGCAUGUUGAGAUUGAUCGUUCAGGCACCAUUCCCUGGUUGCGCUUCAGGGACCGCGAGUCGUACGCGCGCAACAAGACCAAGGAGUACGACGCCCUCGCCAUGCGCUACUUCUCCUACGCACUCUACCCUCUCGUUGCCAGCUAUGCCGUGUACUCGCUCAUAUACGAGACGCACAAGAGCUGGUACUCCUGGGUGCUUAACUCUCUCACCGGUUGCGUCUACACUUUCGGCUUCAUCAUGAUGUGUCCGCAGCUGUUCAUAAACUACAAGCUCAAGUCGGUGGCGCACCUGCCGUGGAGGCAGAUGACCUACAAGUUCCUCAACACCAUCGUUGAUGACCUCUUUGCGUUUGUCAUCAAGAUGCCCACACUGCACCGCCUUUCUGUGUUCAGAGACGACAUCAUCUUUCUCAUCUUCCUGUACCAGCGCUGGAUCUACCCUGUUGACAAGCAGCGCGUCAACGAGUUUGGGUUCGGAGGGGAACCUGAGGCAGCCGCACUCACUGCUGCUGCUGCUGCUGAUGGUGCUGAUGGUGCUGCUGGUGCUGACAGGCUGACGGCUGCUGAGGCAGAAGUUGCAGCCGCUGCUGCUGCUGCUGAGGGUAGUGAGGGGAGAGCAGGAGAUAAUGAGGGUGCUGGGGGUGCAGGGGCACGUGCAGUGUCGGAGGAAGGACUUGUGAGGAGAGGCAAGGGGAAGGGGAAGGGGAAGGCAGGAAAAGGGGCUGGUGGUGAGGGGGAGGAGAGUGCUGACGAGGAUGAUAAGGUGAAGGAGAAAUGA